AUGGCAAAGGCCCACAGGAGGUCGCCGGUCUCUGGCCGCGUUGCUGGUGGGAAGAAGGGCGCUGCGGCCAAGCCGGUAAAGGUGAAAUUCACAGUCGACUGCCAGAAGCCGGUCGACGACAAUAUCAUCGAGGCAAAAGGACUGGAGCGAUUCCUUCAGACGCACAUCAAGGUCAAUGGCAAGUGCAACAACCUCGGAGACCGCGUGCAGGUCUCGCGGGAAAAGGCGAAGGUGUUCGUUACAGCAGAGCUCCCCUUCUCCAAGAGAUACAUUAAGUAUCUGACGAAGAAGUACCUGAAGAAGCAGAUGCUGCGUGACUUCAUGCGCGUGGUCAGCAGCCGCGACACCGUGUACGAGCUGCGCUACUUCCAGAUGCCUCAGGAAGACGACGAAACCGCCGCGGCAUAG